UACUGAACUGUCUAAACAAAAGCUUGUUGCGUAAAAUAACAGACAUUUUGUGAGUAUGAUGUUGCCAAGUUGGAGGGGGAGGGGUGAGAAAGAUACAGAAAGAAACGACGUCAUCAUGAGACACUGCAACUUUGUAGCAAAGAAUAGACGCGCUGCGUGUCAAUAUAUUGUGACAAUAAUGAUGGACUUCCUCUCACAGCUGGACCAAAUCUCACGACCCUGUUAGUAGUGGUUAAUGUUAGUUGAAGUUACUUUUAAAACAUGGAAUUAAAGAGAAAUUAAUAGCAAAUAGAGUUCUAAUUGAGCCCCGAGGCCUUCGUGUCCCAUGGAAAAUGGUGGUGUUUAUGUAAAGUUUUCUAAAGAGAAAUGCCAACUGAAUUCCCCAUCAGACAAACUAAAGCAGGAGUUGGAGAAAGAGCUGAAAUUGAGCAGCAGUAACUUAUCAAGUCAUGGCUGGUACCAUGGUCGUAUACCUUGGGAGGUGUCUGAGUCUCUUGUGCAACAGAACGGGGACUUUCUAGUCCGUGACUCCCUCAGUAGCAUUGGGGACUAUGUCUUAACCUGCCAGUGGAACCAGAAUGUUCUUCAUUUCCUCAUCAGCAAGGUUCUGAUCAGAUCUUAUGACGCAUCUACACGAGCGCAGUAUAUUCUGGAGGAGGAAACCUUUGAUUCUGUGCUGACGUUGGUUCAUUCCUAUGUUGGAAGUAAAAGGCCUCUGACAAAGAAGAGUGGUGCGUUGAUUUACUCACCAGUUUACAGGACACUUCCACUAAGACACCUAGAAACCAUGUUUGGGCUACCAAGUGUGGAGAGCAGCCCAGUGAACUCACCAACCAGGCAGAAAGGAAGCCAGAAGAAGAGGGAGAGCAUAACUGUGACGGAGGCUUUGGAAAUUGAGCUGAUAAGACCACAAAGUGACGUGGUGAGAAGUUUUGAUGGCACUGUAGAGCAACGCCUUGUAGUGUCGACUUCCCCCAUAUUAAUGAGCACAUUGGCCAGGCGUCGACGAAGCCCCUCCGAAAACAGGAAGUUUGUUAUAGUCCCUUCAUCACCUGUUCUGCAAAGUUCCAGUGAAAUACGGCUUUGUUCAUCCCCCCCUGAAAACACUCUCAUUUAUCUGGAACCAACAGUACAUCUUCUGUCUUCCUUGACACAUUCCCAUCAAAACAACAGAGAAGCGAACCAUCCACAAAAUGACCCAGCGAUUUCUCCAACUGACCCUGUUACUACAAAUCAUCCCUUUGUAAGACAUGAGAUACAGACUUUGGAUCGCAGAGAGGAGUACGAUGAGGAUUAUUUAAUGCCUUUCAUUAUAGACACAGUUUCCUGUUUCAGACCUUGUAUGUACCAGUCACCACUGUUGCUCCCAGAAAAUAAACCUCUGGAGACCAACAUGCUAAAAAAAGUGAAGGAUGUCCUGUUUAAAGUUGACAUAAAGACAAUGGCCAUGUAUAUUACCAAAGCUGACUGCAUGGUUGCUCGAAUUCUGGAUAUGUCUGAUGAUAUGAUGAAAGGGAUGGGGGUGAGUUCGGGAAUGGAGCUCCUUACCCUCCCGCAUGGACAUCAACUCCGCCAAGAUCUGCUUGAAAGGUUCCACACCAUGUCCAUAAUGUUGGCUGUAGAGCUGCUGGGCUGCACUGGCAGUGCUGAUGAGAGAGCCACCCUCCUGCACAGAGUCAUCUGUCUGGCCUCUGAACUCAAAAACAAUUUGACCAAUUUGUUUGGUUUUGCCACAGUUAUGAAAUGCCUCGAAUUACCACAGAUUGCUCGAUUGGAUGAGACAUGGACGGUUUUACGUCAGAAGUAUACAGAAAGUGCUGUUCUUUAUGAGAAAACCCUUCGACCCUCAAUGAGGAUGAUGAAUGAUGGAGAAGAGAUAAGUGACCCCACAGAGACAACAUUUCCCCAUGUGCUUCCCCUGCUGUCUCUUCUUGAAAGGAGUGUCGUGACUCUUGAUGAAUCUGAGUCAUGGGAAAGUGCAGACACUGGAGUGGCCAUGGUCUUGAGCCAUCUGAAUGCUGCACGUACGAUUGCGUGCAAUGGCAGGAUCUUCAGUGCUAAUGCAGAGGCCAAACUGCAGGGGUUUCAGGAGGAGGCGGAUAUUCGGGAGGUCUUCCUCACAGAGUUUCAGAUGCGUCUCCUGUGGGGAAAACGUGGAGUGGAAAGAAUUAAAGAUGAGCGUUAUUCAAAGUUUGAUGAGGUGCUAACAGCUCUGUCCAACAGACUUGAGCUUUCUCACUCAGCAAAAUGACAGAAGGGAUGAUAACUAUUCACAUAUUAUUUACAAUAUGUACACUGAUUUGUGAAUUUAUUUACAGUUAGACUGUCCCAUGCAUACAGGCAUGUAUGUACAUAAACUGAACACAUUCGGCAAUUUUAACUUAUUUGAUUUUGGUUGUUAUUGGGUUUUUUGUUCUUUUGUUUUAUGUAAUGUGUUAUUAUUUCAAGAGGAAAUAACUUUAACUAUGCUAAUAUAGUUAGCUUUGAUCUUUGAAGUAUUUAAUUGCACUUGUUAUUGGUUAUGUAAUCAAUGACCAAAUAAUGGGUAAUAUUUACUCAUUGGUAAACUUUUUAAAGAUUUUAAGUGUAGGUUAUACAUUUAACGCUACCAGGCUAUUUCAUACUUACAUCAUUUACAAAUGAAUUUAGUUUACUGUGUCAAUAUGAUAUUCAAGUGAAAUGUUUGUUUAUCUGAUUUAAAGCCUACUUGCUUGAAAUUGUAGUAUGUUUGAUACCAGUCGCCACAUCAGAGUCAUCUUAUGAAUAUCUUAUGCCUAUAUUCAGAAUCCUAUUAGCUACUCAUAAGGACCAAUUUACAAUUCUUGCAAAGUAGCAAUAGGUUAAGAGAAUUUAUUGAAUGUGCUGAUGAUCAUGAUGACAACACCGAAUACAGUUAUAUAUGUGAAAAAUAGGCCUAGUGAAUACAAGCAGUGUAUAGCACUUUAGUCAGCUACUUCUAUCUCAUUGGCAGAGCUAUAAAGUCCAGGUUCAGAAAGUAAAGGCCGCUCUUGUCCUCAGUAUUUUGAACUUCCAAUUACCUGGAUUUGCUAAUUAGCACAGUUUAUCAGCCAGGAGAUAGAACUAAUUAGUGAACAGGAACUUUUACUUUCUGAGAUCGAGGCAUGUGCCAUAUUGUGUCGAGGCUAUCAGUCUUAACGGUGACACCUAGUGGUCACUUGCAGGUGUUGAACUAAAAUAACCUUGACAACGAGCCAUUAAAAAUGUGUUGUUUUUUUAUUAUUGUAUUUUUUCUUAUAUGUGAAGUUUGUAACCUGUAGGCCCCUCAGUGUGCAUUAUGUUAUUUUGGUCAUGAAAAAAAUAAUAUUAAUAAAAGAAUUCAAGCCACAA